UGGAGACGAACGUCAUCCGCCUGUGCCUGGCGGGUCUUCCCGGUCUGUGCGGCUUGGAGCGGCGGUGGGUAGGACGCCUUUACGAGGCGCGAGCGGAGAAGGCGGUGAGGAGCCUAGAUCCUACCUCCGCGUCCUUGUAUAGCCUGACGUUCGCCCCUCAUCCUCCGUAACGGGGUGUCACGUGAGCGCCGCUGGAGUCUCCGGCCGCCGUCCCCGCAGCUCUGACGGAGACGCCCUGGGCCUCGAGCACGUUUCACAGCGGGGAAACUGAGGCCGGGAGUGGGACCGUCAGCCGAGGUCGCCCCUCUCUGGGGCCCCUCGGCUGCCGCCCCUCCGGUCCCCGCUCUGUGCACAGGCUCCCACGAUGGCGGCGUGGAUGGCCCCUGCGCGGAUCCCUGUGACCUUCGAUGACGUGGCCGUGACUUUUACUGAAGAGGAGUGGGGGCAGCUGGACCCGGCCCAGAGGACCCUGUACCGGGAGGUGCUGGUGGAAACCUGCAGGCUCCUGGUCUCCCUGGGCUCUCCUCUGCCCAAACCAGAGCUGAUCUACUCACUGGAGCAGAGCCCAGAGUUACGGACACUGCAGAGAGGCCUCUUCCCUAGCAACCCAGGUGACAAUGCAAAACCUGAGACCACUGAGCCUUUCCCUUCUCACCUUGCCUUGUGUAAGGAUAUCUCACCACAGGAGCAACUGACUCUGCAAGCCCCAGGGGACUCCCAGCUGGGGCAAGGCAGGAGUCAGGAUAGGCCGUCAGAAAUGCCAGAAGGCCUACUGGGACGAGGGAUGGACCCCCUGAUGGAGGAGCUCCCUGGGAGCACGAAGCCCAAACAUGACGGUUUCAGGGCAGAUGAUGGUCUACACUCAAGGACUGUACAGGGGCUGAUCCCUGCGGGAUGUGCCCUCCAUGAAUGUGACUCACAGGGACCCCUAAAAGAUGCCUUGAUUCAUGAAGAGAAGCAUCUCUAUAAGUGUGCGGAGUGCGGAAAGGUGUUCACCAAGAACUGCUUUCUUGUUCGACAUGAGCAGGUUCACACUGGCAUAAAGCCCUAUGAAUGCACAGAAUGCGGCAAAACUUUUAGCAAGAGCACACACCUCCUCCAGCACCACAUGGUGCACACCGGGGAGAGGCCCUACGAGUGCCUGGAGUGCGGGAAGGCCUUCAACCACAGGUCACAUCUCACAAGACACCAACGGAUUCACACCGGGGAAAAGCCGUAUCAGUGCAGCGAGUGUGGAAAGGCCUUCACCCACCGCUCCAAUUUAGUCUUGCAUAACAGGAGCCACACUGGAGAAAAACCCUUUGUGUGCAAAGAGUGUGGAAAAGCCUUCCGAGAUAAGACAGGCUUCCUUCGACACUACAUCAUCCACACAGGCGAGAAGCCCUUUGAGUGCAUGGAGUGCAGGAAGGCCUUCAACCGCAGGUCACACCUCACGUGGCACCAGCAGAUUCACACUGGAGUGAGACCCUUUGAAUGCAACGAAUGUGGGAAAGCCUUUUGCGACAGCACAGACCUCAUUCAGCACUAUAUAAUCCACACGGGGGAGAAGCCAUACAAGUGCCUCGAGUGUGGGAAGGCCUUCUACCGCCGGUCACACCUCAAGCAGCACCAGCGGAGUCACACUGGGGAGAAGCCCUUCGUGUGCGCUGAGUGCGGAAAGGCCUUCACCCACUGCUCCAUUUUCAUCUUGCACAAAAGGGCCCACACCGGAGAAAAACCCUAUGAAUGCAAAGAAUGUGGCAAAGCGUUUAGCAACCGGUCCGACCUCAUCCGACACUUCAGCAUCCACACCGAGGAGAAGCCCUACGAGUGCAUGGAGUGCGGGAAGGCCUUCAACCGCCGCUCAUACCUCACGAGGCACCAGCGAAUUCACAGCGGGGAGAAGCCCUAUGAGUGCAUGCAGUGCGGCAAAGCCUUUUGCCAGAGGGCAAACCUCAUUCGACACGCCAUCAUCCACACCGGAGAGAAGCCCUAUGAGUGCAGUGAGUGCGGAAAGGCCUUCACCUACUGCUACACUUUCAUCUUGCACAAAAGGGCCCACAUUGGAGAAAAACCUUUUGAGUGCAAGGAAUGUGGGAAAGCCUUCAGUACUAGGAAAGACCUCAUCCGACAUGCCAGCAUCCACGCCGGGGAGAAGCCCUACGAGUGCUCCGAGUGCGGGAAGGCCUUCAACCACCGCUCAGGGCUCACAAGGCACCGGCGGAUUCACAGCGGAGAGAAGCCCUACGAGUGUGUCAAGUGUGGGAAAACCUUCUGCUGGAGCACAAGCCUCAUCCGACAUGCCAUCAUCCACACCGGGGAGAGGCCGUACAAGUGCGGCAAGUGCGGGAAGGCCUUCAGCUGCAGCUCCUCCCUCUCCCAGCAUCAGAGGAUUCAUACUGGGAGACACCCCGCCAGCGUCGGCGCCACAGAAGUGGGGAGACCCUUCACGAGCGGGCAGUCAUCACCCUCUAAGCGUUCAACUGGGGAAAGACUUUGAAUGUAACCACUGCGGAAACCUCUUACUCAGAAUCCAAUCGUUCAUACCAAAGAGAAACUCUUAUGUUGCAGGCUAUCCGUUAUCAUCUGAGGAAUCAUACUGCAAAUCCACCCAGCCUAGAGUCUUAUUCUUCAUCUGAGAACUCAUCCAGGAGCAUGAUCCAGUCAUUCUCAUGCACUUAGCGUAACUGUUGGCCCCAUUUUUCUCCUUAAUUUACACUGCAAAAUUGUCUCAGGGAUAUUUAAACAAAAGAGGAGGAGAUAUAAAAGAGCAACACAAGCACGUUUCUUUCA